GAAUUCUUUUAUUUAGAUACCUCUCCCAAAGCUUGAUUUUACGCUGCCAUCACCUCCAGUGGGCUCAUGUGCGCCCCCUGUGCCCGACUGUCCAUGGGAUCCAAGGGCGUCCAUCCAUAUUACAAAGAACGAACUUGAGUUGACAGAAGAAGACAAACAAAAAGACGAAGAGGAGGCUUUGAAAGUGGAGGAACAAAAGAAGAAACAAAGAACGUACUAUAAUUUCACAAAUACGUCCGUCUCCCUUGAGGCUUCAACUCCUGUUGAGGCAGAAGAAGGUUAGCUUAUAAAUUUGUUUACCACUUGUGAUCUCUCGGCUUUUUCUAACUCUUUCACAACAGCAAAACGGCAGAAAAAUGAUGUUAUAGAGACGCGAUAUCACGGUAUGAAAAUAGCACGAUGUUUAUAUUAUAAACGUGUAGAAAUGUUUUGAAAAAAGUGUGGAAGCAAUAUUUAUUACUGAUACUGUCCAAAGCCCAAAGGAUGAUAGGAAGCAACAAAUCUUCAAAUUAAAUCAAAGUGUUUUAAUCUUAAUGCGUUGUUUACAUGCAACAUUAAUACUUUAAAACUCAUUUGCCAUAUUUGGUAAAAUGAUUUGACAAAUUCUAACGUGAAGAAAUGGUGGUUGUGAGAAAUAUGCAAAGUUUAAAAUGCUACCGAAAUUAGGAGAAGCUAAAAAAGUGCUGGGCAAAUUGUUCCUGGUACAAUGCCAAUUUGAAAUUGUAAAGCAGGCAUUGGCCUGUACUAAUAACAGCAAUUGACAAAUUACAAACUCGAAGAAAUUAAACGUGUGGUGGAUGAACGAGACAUAUGUGCAUGAACCAACUAUAUUUUUGCGUAAAGGUAAACCAACAUAGAUACAUUAAAAUGAAUUCUAAUGUAUUGCACCGAGUUUCAUAAUCACCUUUAUUUUUUGACCAUGCAUGAUCGGUGCUUAGGAAAAAUAUUCCCUUGUUCUCGGGUAAAUAACAUAUUUAUUUGUCUUACAGGUAGUGAUGUGGUUACUCAUCCUAUUACGACAGACUUCUGGCCACCUGCAAUGUCAUCUGCUAUUCCUCGUAUUAUUGGACUCCUUGACGAUGCGUCUGUAACUUUAUCUCAAACAGCAGGUGAGUCAAUAACUUUGAAUCUGCAGAAACAAACUUCGGAUAUCUUUUCGUGGCGAUAAGAUGCGUCAUUUUUGAAUUUGGAUUUAUUAAAUUAGUUAUCAGCUUUACAGUAAUAACAGGGGAAAGAAACAGGGCAAAGCCCCAAUUGACAUAAAACCCCUGAUGGCUAAAAAACAUGUUAAAAUAUUGAAUUAGUAAGAUAUAUUACAGUGUUUAGUCUAAAAUUAUUUAAGUACGUCUUUCGUCAGGAAGAAUAUAAGAAUCAAGUCUCAUCGUGUAAUAGUCUGAGAUAGCUUUUUUAAAAGUUACUAAAUUGGUUGAACUUUUGAUAUCUAGUGGUAGUGAGUUCCAGGUGGAAACGACACGGUGGAAAUACCGGAGUAUUUUAGUUAAUUUUGAGUUGCUCGCUUUGUCUUGUAAUUUAGGGAGGAAAAAUUACGGUAUAAUUAUACGAUUUUGGACAGAGCACUGUUGUAAGGAGCGAUGAUCUAGAACUAUUAAGCCUAGUCUGUGUUUGAGUAAAAGAAUCGUGUCUUUUCAAUCUCCUCUAUAGUCCAAAAGUAACAAGGAUAACUUAUGUAAAGAGGUGCUGUUUGUAAUUGAGGUCAUCAGGUCAUUUAAUAUAUAAAUUUUGUAGCCCAGCGUUGCACGUUUUCCAAUAUCAUCUGGUGUUUGAUGGUGCAUGGUGACCAGAGUUCACUUGCAUAUUCCAGUAUGUUACGUACAAUUUGGCAUGUUGCGUUGCCUAUUCCUACGUGUCCGUUGCGAUGCAUCCUGAGUGUUAAUCAUUAAUUGCACGACUUGCCCGUGUGAUUAUUUAUUUAUUAUAUGCAUGACAAAAUCGCUUUCUUUAAAAUUCAACUGCAUUUUGUCAAGAGUUUUUAAUUCUUUUGUAAGCAAUUUGGUAUGAACAAACUUGGGAAUUCAUUAUAAACUCUUAUUAUGUACAUGACAAAAUUACUGCAAUCUGAUUGGUUAAGAGGAGUGCAAUUAUUUCAAAAAUCACUCGUAGUGUUAAUCAUUAAUUGCACUCCUUCCCGUGUGAUUACUUAUACAUAAAGGCACAUAACUUAAACUAGAACACAAGAUUCAAACUCAAACAACAUAUUUUAGACGAAGAAAAUCUUUAUGUAAAAUUGUAAAUUUACAAACUUACAUAGUCACGUUUCGAUGCAUUCCCGCCGAGAUUAUUUCUUAAAACUGUUUCCAGGUAUUUUCCACAGGCUCUUUUUGCCAUACAAAUGUUUUUUAAACUCAUUCUUGUGUCCACAUUUGUUAUAUAAAAUACUUAUUUAAAUUUCGCCGCCAUAUUGGAUUUUGUUGUUUUGAUUUCCCGCUCCCCCCAGCCAUCACGAAAAUCAUUAAUUGCAAUCCUGGAGAGCGCAAUUAAUGAAAUAAUUGCACUACUCUUAACCAAUCAGAUUGCACUAAUUUUGUCAUAUAUAUAAUAAGUCUCAAUAAAUUUCGAUACAGGGAAUCAUGAUAUAGGAAUUCAGAGAUUCUGGUUGCUUUCCUAAAUUGUAAUCGAACCCACCUUUGUAUGCACCUUUGUAUUAAUUUAUUAUGAUUGCUGUCCUUGAGACGAUGUAUAUACUUAAGGCAAAUCUUUCAAAACCUUGCACUUCUUUGAUACACAUUGGGAAAGUUCCUCAUUCCGGUACAAAUAUCGUAGUGUAUAUAGACUGAUUGACGUUUACAUUAUCGCUUUGUGUAGUAUCAAAUAUGGCAAAGAGCACAUUAUGGGAGUGUUUAGUUGAUGACCCAAUGUUGUUUUUCCGAACCUUUUUCGAAGAGAUAACGAAGCCUAGUAAACAGGUAUUUAAUAUCUGUUUUAUUUUAUAUUUAGUCAUGUGUUUUCUUCUGUUUUAUGUUUAUUCUAUACAAUACUUUAUAGUGUCGUUAUAACCGGAUGGUAUUUCCGUUUAGUUUCCACUCGCUCUAUGGCUUUUAAUACUGUUACUGUUUUUAUAAGUCUUUGUUUUCUUUUGCAACAUAGAAGGAACUGGUAUUCCUUUUAAACAAGUUGUUAGUCCACAUUCCAAUGCUGCCUCCUAAUGCUGGUGUUAUAUUGUUUAACCAUCUGGUACGUUUAAAUCUCUCACAAUAUAAAUGGUUAUCAUGAAAAAGGAGAUCUUUGGAAAUUAAUCUAUUGUUGUUAAGCACAAUAUAUUUCGCUCCUGGUCAUUAAUGCAUUGAGUGAUGCUUACAUAGUAUUCAACUUAUAAAAAUAAGGUUGAUUUCUAAAGGUCUCCUUUUUUAUACACCCUGUAGAUCUUACACUUCUAUAUUCUUAAUUGAUAUACCGCAUACAUGCCCCACCAUUUAAUAUACACUUCAAACACUCAUUAAUAAUUCAUAAGCUUACUGACAAAUCAUGUCAACCAUAAUAUGUCACGUGUAGUGGCUUUAAACCUGAUAAAACACUCCUAAUUAGUAUUCUUUAUAUAAAGAAUACUAAUAAGGCAGUAUCUAUUGUAGUCGUGUCCUCAUUAGUAUUUUUUAUAUAACGAAUACUAAUAAGGCAAUAUAUCUAUUGAAUUUGUAGUCGUGUUUGAAGCCGUUUAAUAAACUUGCAGCUCGUGUUUGUUUUCCAGAGAAUCUUAAUGUUUGCCGAGACGAAAUCGAGGAAACAUUGAGUUUGAAGGGAAAACAAAACGAACUACUUCCCGAGGGAACAGAUAUUAACGCCCGUAUUCUUAAAGCUCACUCACACUCAUACUCAAUGAGUGGAGGUUCAAUCUGAGCUUCUCUUGAGUGUCAAUGCUGUUUUUGAAUAGCUGGAGGGUUAGUGUCGUACCUUACUAUGUGACUACUCACACUCCAGCUAUUCAAAAACAGCAUUGACAAUCAAGAAAAACUCAGAUUGAACCUCCACUCAUUGAGUGUGAGUGUGCUUUUAGAAUACUAGCCGUGUGCAGGCCCAAGGGAAGAAUAGUGGGCCUGCAAGCAAGGCCCGCUAUUUUGUACUUUCCGCGUUCGCCCACGUACGAACGCGGCAUUCUGAUUGGCUGUUUGCUGUUGGAUUCUAUAAUUAGAUCAGUGAUUUAUCACAAAGGCUCUCGAUAAGCUUAAAAUUCGAAAAUUGAUCACUUUUUUCCAUUAAAAGUGGAACAAGAACAGACUGUUUAUUGUUUACUUGAAGGAAGAGAUGUUUUUGCCGUUAUGCCAAUGGGGAUUGCUUGUCGUGAAGUGUUGGAAUAGCAACAUUACGACUGGGGUAAACUAUAGUAACCUUUACUUGAGUUUCAUUAAUUUCAAUCAGACUUGAUACCUUAUAUGUUCCUCAAGAAAAUUAUCUUUUGGUUGAUGUUGACUCUGAUAUCUUCCACUGAAGAAAACAGCGCUUUUCGCGGUGUAGAUUUAGAGGCAGUUGCAUAUAAGUCUUUUCGAAACACUUUGCGAUUUGCAAGGCUUCGCUGAGAGAGCGAAACAGAAGACGGUAAUUGCCGUUUGAAACGAAACGAUCUGGACUCUGAACGCUCUCUUCUUUUGUAGAGUUCUUUACCAAAUGAAAUAACUGAAAUAAAUUUCGUACUUUCCGCCGCCCGACAAGAAUUGCACACACGAUCUGAUAUUAAGUGAGACAAUUUAUUCAUAACAAUGGCGACAGCGAAGCACACAUUAAUGCUAAUGUGGUCGCACGACUUCCCUCACGAUUUGAACUUGAGACUGGUUUUCUGUUGAAAUUCGUCCUAAUUUACCUGUUCCGAUUUUAGUUGAAAAUGAGCACUUGCAAAUUUGGCAAUUACUGACUGCGUUGCUUGCUUUUUUGGAGUUAAAACACAGCCAUUCACACAUUGUUUAUAUUUUAAAUAAGCAGAGAAAACCCCGCAACAUUUUAAUGCGAGUUUGUUUGUUACUAUUUGGGUUGCUGUCAUUGGUUCUUUUUGACAAUUGACGCGCGAAUGGGGCGUGUUAUGAAAAGGGGCGUUUUACAAAAUACCGGGCCUUGCUUGCAGGCCUACUAUUCUUCCCUUGGGCCUGCACAUGGGCUAUUAGAAUACAGGCGUAAGUGUUUUGUUAUAUAGUGACGAAAGAAAAAUCAACAUUCAACAUUGAUACAACAAUUGUAUUUCAUGGCUAAUAUCAUUUUAAUCAAUUUACUCGAUUCUGAUUGGUUAAAAACCGUGCCGAUUAAACGUUAAUCGCACAAGUGUGCCGAUUAAAGAUUAAUCGGCACGGAAACGAGCCCGCGUGGAUCAUGCAUGCGUGCAUUAAACACAAAAUGUCAACAGUCAACACAAUAAACAACUUGAAAUUGUACAUUUGAGCUCUUGUUUUAAAAUGAGCUCUUAGGGACCGGUCAUAAAGUAACUGCUAGGGUGGGCCGGAGUGAUUUGGGAUGGAAAAACCUUUGGGCAGUUUCGAUGGGCCACCAAUAUUUUUGUAUGUCCACGUUUGGGCCACCAAACAAAAACCCAUAUCUACUUUCAUCGCUUAUUAUGAUAAAUAUAAUAGCAAAUAAAAUUUUAAAAUCAAACAUAAUACAAAUCUAACAGGGCUGUACACUGCACAGAGGGCAGCAGGGGCAACUGCCCCCUCCCCCUCCCCGCCGAGAAAAUUUAACUAAUUUUAUAAUGUGAUUACGCUUGUAACGGAUAAUUAUGCAGUCAAGAAAUGAAAAAUUUCAUGCAAACAAUAUUCGAAGUGUCUAUACAACCGGCUAUUUAGUAAACUGUCACUUGUCAAUCCAUACUCAUCAAAUUUUCAAAACUUUAUUGUAAUCAAAUGAAGCAAAAGUUCUGUCACUUGUUCUUUACACUUGCCAAUGUUAACUGUUGAGUAACAUACACAAACUAAUCGAGGAACAUGCAUUACUGAAGCAAAGAUUCAAUCAUAUAUCAAAGACCACUGAAUAGUAGAGAAUGUUUUGAAGGUCAUGCAUGAGUGAAGUAUAUAAUUCAAUUCCAAUCCUGUGCACAGUUAAUGAUAUACCACACUGUUCGGUUUAACUCCGCAUAUCCACACAAAAACAAUUUGUGUUGUGGGAGAAUAUCUGUUUGAGUGGAAGGUAUCACAAGUUUAGUUUUGUACAAUGUGUGCCAUUGAUCUGAUUCAUCCAUAAUAUAUGAUUAUUGUAGGUGUUAAAUAAAACUAAUGAAUUAAGGUAUUUUAAAAAGAUUGUUUUGCAAGUGGGUUGUUCUGACAAAGUUAUCCAGCCAAUAUCCAGUCCAUCAGUACAUGUAUUCAUCAUUCUUGUAUUAAUCUCUAAACAGAAACAUUUAUAUUAGAAAGCAAAAUGACAAUGUAAUGAGGAGGGAGGGUGGGGAUUCUUUUAUUAGCAUUUGAAAAUGGUUGUAACAAUUUGGUUUAAUUAACUCUUAUAAUGUGUAAAAACCAAAAUGUAUAAGUAUAAUUUUAACUGAUGGCAUCUUUACCUUUGCUCUAACAUUACAUUUGAUGACAACUUAGACUACUUAGUUGGAGUGUUGUUUUGAACAGAGUUACAGAAAUACAGGACCAGGAUUUAAUUCAAUAUCUCCUGAGAACAUUAGUUUCUUGUGAUAUUGUUAAUUGGCAAUAUAAUGCCUGCAGCCAGAGUUUUGACUGUUUAAAAUAUUACACAAUGAUUAUUUUUAUACUGUAUAAAUGUAUAUAAUAAAAUAUGUGGUAUUUGACUACUUACCAGAUGAGGAUGGAAUGGUGAAAACAAGACAGCCAAUUCAAGAUAAAAUCAAGAUAUUUUUGAAGCCAAAAUAUGGCAAAGAAUAACACGACUUGCACGAGGCCAAACUACGCCCGUUCGCAGGUUUAUAGGUGCGAGCAUGAUGUAAACAAUUGAUGUAAGCUAAUCGCUGAUUGGCUUAAUUAUAUAAGCUCGAUGCUGAAUAACCAACACUUGUGUUUGGCGAAAUAUUUAUAAUACCGCUCGUGCUACCCCUUACGAAAAAAUCCUAUAGGAAUUCCUAUAGGAAAUCCUAUAGGAAUUCUAUUCCUAUAGGAUCCUAUAGGAAUUCCUAUAGGAAAUUGCAUUUCCUAUAGGAAUUCCUAUAGGAUCCUAUAGGAUUUUUUCGUAAGGGUAUACGCACUCGCGGUAUUAUAAAUAUUUCGCCAAACACGCAUGUGAUAUUUUCAUUAAUACUUCUCGAACCGUGUAAUUUCUUAUACAAAAACUCUGUGAUGUAAACGAGUUUAAAAUUUAAAAAACCUCAAACAGUUUCAGCAGCAUUUAUUGUUGCCUGUUGUGUAUUUUUCGUCUCUUUUGCAUUCUUUAUAUUUUAACGCAAACUUGGAAAAUUGUAGUUUAUAAACUUGCGAGUUGUGCCGCCAUUUUGUUUGUGUAUGCACGUAGUCGGUCGCGGCGGGCAACACUUUUUCACUUGUUGGCUUGCGGGGUACAUAUGAUCGUUAAUACGUUUUUUCACCCCUCAAGCUGACUGUUCUGAUAGUAAUAAUAUAGAGAAUAUAGUUUUAUCAACCCGCGGAUUAUCUGAAUCAUGCAGUAUUUUCUCCGAGCCAACGGCGCGGAGUGCCGUUCCGGGCGUAAUCCCGGGGCGAGGGUACUAAUCCCACCCGGCUAUUUACACCCGGGGAAAAGAACGCACUAGCGAAGUCUAAAGUUCAUCAAAUAUCGCGAGCGCGGUUCAUGGGUCGGUAUGGGUGGUCAUCUCACUGAUCUCAAAAUAAGGCUGUUUGCCAGGAGUGAAGAAGGGGAAAUAUAAAAAUUACAUGUAAGAAAGCUUGGAAAAUCAUUUCACAUAACAAAUUAUAAAACUUUUUUCAAUUUUUAAACGUAAACAUUUAUAAGAAUUGAUUUAGUAUGAGAAAUCCUAAAGUAUAGCCUAUAGAGCAAGUUUGUUUCAAUUGUUUAUGUAUGAUUGUGUAUUAAUAUUAUAGCCACUUUGUUCCUGUUGUUCAAGUCUUUCCUAUGGAUUGUAUGCGAAAGUUUCAUAGUUAAAUUAACUUUUGUAGAAGUUCAUGAUAAAAAGGAAAGCAAAUUAUUUUCACUGAUUAGCGUCCUGUACGAAUUAAAUUUAUUUCAUUUCAAUGUGCGAGUAAUAAGUUGAGCUCAAGUUAUCGGCAAAAAGCAGUGAAUUUCAAUUCACAUUUAAAAACGUUUUACGUAGAGUUUCGUUUUCAAUUUUACAUUAAAAUAAAGCACAUAGAAACCAAAAUAAUAUACCUACGUUAUAUAUUUUAGAAAUUGAUAGUUCUGUACUUAAAAGUGUUCAAGUUUCAUCUAUUGUUUGCAGAUUAAAACAAAAAUUAUCGUGUUGCCAUGACUAACAUGACGUGAGUAACGCGAGCCUGCGUUCAAUGUUGGCGUAAUUACGAAUACUUCAUGUUGAAACAAUGUUUGGAGAAUAUAGGCGAGGGGUUGUUGCAUGCAUGUAUUUCUAGUCUGUAAAUAUAUGAACAGAAUUGGUACAACCUUCAAAACUCCGACUCUGUAGAAAAUAAUAUUUCGAUCUACUGAAGAUAUUUCAUGUUGAAGCCAAAUAUAUACUCCGAUCAUAGUAACCAAUUACAGAUUACUAAAAUCAUUACCAAAUCAUUUCUACCCUACAGUAAAAGAACUUUUUGGUUAUGAUUACGCAAUCUGCAAAAAUAUUGGGAUGUCAGUCACUGAAAUUUACAUGAAAUUGUUAAAUCAUCUAAUUAAUACCAUCCCUCUCGUACAACCCUGCCUUAUAGCAUGAUUGUCUCGCUUGUAAGAAUACCAUUCUUAAUAUUUAACAGUAUAUUUGUUUUCUCUUUAGGUGGGCGUGGUUCUGUUUUAUUCACGUCGAAGUCAACCAUGUUCUGACGAUGCUAUUGCUCUCGUUCUUUCAUCUUUAUUGUGGAAGGUACCCAUUAUUGUCGUGCUAAGGUGUCCCCCAAAAAUGCAUUCAUUAUGUUGAAUCAUUAUUUGCAAUUUUAUUUUGCAUAGAAACUGCAUACCACACCAUAUACAUGCAUCAUUGUAGCUUUCAAAUCACGUUAACAUUUUUAUUUAUGUGCCAGAUUGUACCGAGCGUUCCCAAACUUUAUCUAAAGGACCUGAAGUACUCAGCCAAGAAAGAACAUUGCGAGGUACUUAAUCAUGCAGCCAUGUGUUGAGAAUAUAGUGAAUUAUUAUAUACACAAGGUCUGGUUAUGAGGUAUUCUGCAAUCUGAUUGGUUCUCUACCAGCAGGAUAUUAGCUCAUAUCCUGCUAGUGGAGAAAAACAAAAUGGCGGCUCAAACUGAAUUUCCGACGUUUUGCGAACGAGAAAACAACAAGUUGUUCGCUUUUUAUAGCCUUUACAGGAUUAAAAACACAAUCUGCAACUGAAUUUUUAAUAUUUAAAAUGGUUAAAAUAUAUAUAUUUUUGAAAAAAUAAUCGGCCGAAAGAGCGAAGAUAAAAACAUAAACAAAAUAGAAAAAUAUUGAAAAUAUCCGAAAAGGAAAGUCUGCGAAUUCAGACCUUGUGUACAUAAUAAAACAGUUAUUCCACUCACUCUCGGCGAUCAGCUCAUAUUCGACUCGAGGUCGUAGAAUAAUUGUUAAUUAUUCAUCCAAGUGAAGGCGAAUACUGCAAGUAUAUUCUUCCCACAUUAUGGCGUCAUACUGUGUAUCUAUAACUGAACAGACAACGGCAUAGUCUUAUCUAUUUGUUAAAUACCGUUGUGCUUAUAUUUAGAGAACACUGAUGGUUACUGCAAAUACUCCGGGAACGAAAGUAAGUAAUGGGAUGAUGUAAAAUUUGAGAGUAUCUGUAAUUUUUCAAAACACCAUUAUCUUAAUGUACGAUGUGGUUUUAUCACAUUUCUUCUACUUGUAGAAAAUUGUUGUUACAUGUCCUAAUUCAAUGACAGAAAAUGAAAAGUUAACAGUGCGAGAGGUAUGUAUUAUAGAAGAACCUUCUAUAGAAAUGGUUAGAAUUUUUAGGCCAAGUUAGCCUACGAGCAGGCUCUCAAGGUGAAAUGGGAGCCUGCACUGAUGGCAUAGAAUUUUGAAUAUCUGCAUGCUUCUCGAAUCGGGACGCGAAAUUCUCAUUGCCAUUGGUCAGAUGCUAUAAUUUACAUGUCUACGCUGAGCUCUAUCUAUGUCACUGCUGAAGCACUAUGCAUAAAAACACAUCAAUUGAUCAAAUUGGUCUUGGCCAACUUAUCUCAAAGCACGAAGUGUUCUGUUUUGAGAAAACAGCAUUUAAAACAUUUAAAUUUUUGCUUGAAUAUCUUAUAUUUUGAAAAACAGUAUAAAUUGUACAGUCUAAACUUAAAACAGUAUAAACUGUACGGUCUAAGAUUAUCACAUUCCAUAUUUGGAAAAACGAACGUUUCAGGGCAGAUAUUCAAAAUUGUAUGUCAUCAGUGCAGGCUCUCAUUUCACCUUGAGAGCUUGCUCGAAGGCUACGUAAUUUGUUUCUAAUUUAUAUAAUAUACAACCGGAAUAGUAGAUUUUGAAAUUACUCUUCCGUAUAAGGAUCAACUAUUGUUGUAUGUCUCCGAGAGUCUGUUCACAGGGUAGUGUCUCUGACAAUUUGGACGUAAGCCGCAAGACCUCUGAACUGAACAUCACAAACAAACAUAUAGGAACACUUUAUUUAUACAACAAGAAUCUAUCAAAUGCACGUGGAAAACUUGACUAUACAAAGUCGACAGAGUAUGUUAAGAGUAGAAUCGUUCUCGUAAUGUACCAGUGGUGUAGAUAGGUAAACCAACAACAAUUUUGUCACUAUACAGGGUGUAUAAAAAAAACUGAACAGAUAAGAAUUUGCUCUCAAUUUCGCAAAACAGCUAUUAGUAUCCAGUUUUUUUAUCUAUAUAGCUUCUUUGGGUACUUAUAAUGUAGAAUAAUGAAACAAAUUCCUCGAACUCAAAUUUUGUGAACCAGGGGUGUGUGUUUUUUCCAACAACCUUAAAAUGGCUUGCGCACGAAAUUUAAAAGCUUUAAUCAUAUUUUGAGUUAAUAGACAAAGGCAUUAAUUAAGCAUGUAAAUAGUUGAUUUUUAGGAAAAAAUGUAAGUUCGCGUGAAUAGUUAAAGGGCUUAAACUAAAGCAAAUUGUCUGACAUUUUGUACAGUAACUAAACACCCAACAAAUUUUCCAUUUAUUAACUCAAAAUAUGAUUAAAGCUUUUAAAUUUCGUGCACAAGCCAUUUUUAGUUUGUUGGAAAAGACACACCCCCCUGUUUCACAAAAUUGGAGUUCGAGUAAAUUUUUUCAUUAUUCUACAUUAUAGGUACCCAAAGAAGCAAAAUACAUCAAAAACUGGAUACUAAUAGCUGUUUUGCGAAAUUGAGAGCAAUUAAUUUCAAAUCUGUUCAGUUUUUUCUGAUACACCCUGUAUACAUACAAAACGGAAUUACUAAGAUCAUAAAGUUUGCCAUUCCGUCAUGUAUUUGACUAUAUAUAUUCGUGGAAUAACGGAAUAGCGUAAAUUUCGAUCCCUGCAUGUUAUCACUUGCAUGAAUCCAGUAUAAUUAUCACUUUUACUUAACUAUGGCGAUGUGUCUAAAAUGACUACAUGUUUAAGUAACGCUUUUUGUUUGGAAACCUAAUUAAAAUAAGCAAAUUAAAGACGAUAGCAGAAAAAUGAGCAGUUAAUUUUAAAUCACCAAUUUUUCUCCUAUCUAUUUACACAACGAAACCGGUACUUUUAAGUUAAUAUAAAAUUGAACAGACAGGCGUUUGCACUCACGAAAAUAUAUUGUUCCCUUGCAGGAUAUGACAUUUGACCACAUAUUGCAAUAUUGUACCGCGAAAUGGUCUUUGGAGAAUCCACAUUAUCGUCUCUUGGAUGCGAAAUCAGGUAAAGGGAUGUUUAUUACUAAAAAUCUAAAAUUAUGCUCCCCUCGCUCUCAAAGUCGAAGACUGCUGGCGAGGGUGGUAAUUUCUGAUCCAGCAUAAGCACCAUGCACCCGAUUACGUCAUUGUAUCAGCGACUUCAGAGACACGACUUUAAGCCCGCCGCCGGGUUGUGUUUUGAAAAACUAAAUUUCCGGCAGGACUUCGUGUAUACUUCCAAUUAAAGUAAAAUUCUAAAUAUUAUAACACCAAACCAAUACUAAUUUUUAACCUAAAAAGUUAAAAUUAGUAGAAAGUUAAAAUUAUCCUCGGCUGGGAUUUGAACUCGAACACUCUCGGCAUGAAAAUGCAAGGCGUAUGCCAUGCUUAGCCCUUGAUGUGAUAGCGUGUUUCCCAGCUGCUUCAAGUGCUAGACGCAUAUAUAUAUAGCUUUAGGAGAUGCUUGACAAAAAUAAUGGGAAUGAAGUAGAAAAGCUAAGAUGAUUAUUUUCGGGGGCGAAGGGUUUGCAUUAAUGUAUUUAAUUAUUUCUAGUGAAUAAUUAAGCUUUGCCGUGAUUUUGUCUAAAUUAUAAAGCGUUGUCAAAGGAUGUUAUUCCACCAAAAAACUAACAUAAUGACUGCAGAACACCACCAAAAUUUAUAAAAAGAACUUCAUAUGAGAGAACUUUGCACUUACUCCAUUUAUUUGACAAUGUAUUGCACUUAGUCUUAGACAACAGGUAAUUUUGUAUCUUUUUUGACUUCUUUUUGUAGGGCAAAUAUUAGAAGGGAAACAUCUCGUGCGAGAUAUUUAUGCAUUUAAGAAAGGCUUUCCUUAUCCACAACUGAAACUUCAAGUUUUCAAGCAGCUGGAUGCAUACGUUAAGCGCCAGGAGCAGGUCAGUCAAUUUGUGAUAUAGUAACGACUCUAUAGUGCAGUCGUAUGCCGUUAAAGCAAUCAUAUUUUUCGCAUACCUGCAAUUUACGACUCGUUUGGUAUAUACGUGCUUUAAUAUUGGCGUUAAUAUUCAACUGAUCGAAGAAAGGUAAUGUAUGAAAAUCAUCUACGACACUACCAAUUAUUUGACCACCUUUCGUAAUAUUUAGAAAACUCUCCCUCUUACCCCCACCAUUCAAAGACAUGUUCAUUACAUUUCCAGUCUACGGUUAAAGCAAUUGUAAAACGUCUAACAUCGAUUCAACAUGGAUGUAACAUGACAUAUUCAUAUUGCUGACGUAUUUUUCUCAAAUUCAUUUACAAUACAUGAAUCAAAAGGCAAAAACAAAAGAAAUCAAUAUUUAAUUGUGUUUUCAGUCUGGAGGAAGACGUCCUACAGGAUAUCUUGUAAAUAUACUGCUGAAGAUGAAUCGAUAUUGAUUCGAUAUAUACGCUCUAAAACACUAUUUGAAAUGUUUCUUUAUUUAAGUACUUUAGUUAAGUACUUUAGUACAUUACUAUAGUACUUUUCAAAGUACUAUAGUUAAGUAGUAGUACUUAAUACUAUAGUACUUUGAAAUCAGGAUAUACAUAAUAAUUUCAAAGUACUCGUACUAGUACUUUGAAACUAUAUGUACGGUACAAUUACGACGUUUAAGAAGUUAGUCCAACUUCGGGCUUUACCAGGAUCUCAAAGUUCGCGUAGAUUUCUCGUGUGUUAAAAACGCAUUCGGACUUUGAGGCUCCUGUAAAGUCCUUUGUCUCGUCAUUGACCUAAACUGGUUAGUAACUUAAAUGUUAAAAUAUUUCGGAUAUUUCUUUUUAUCUAUAGGCGUUCACCUUCAAAUUGGCCGAAGUCGGACGGUUGUAUCUAACAUUGGGUAUUUUGGAAACGGUGCAGAACUGGGUAAGUUAUUAUGACACUUUUCAUGAUCCAUUUUUCGAAAAACUUUUAAUUGAUAUUUUUGUGUUCAUUUAGCAUCACGUGAGUUUCUUGCAUUCUGAGCUAAGUAAACAAAUUGCAUUUCCACGAAAAGCUUUGGACGUUGAUUUUGGAUUGUACGAAGGAGGUUUAAAGGGGAGGGUAAGUUAUUUGGAUAGGGUUAUUUGUUACAUUUUCCUUCUGAAGUAUGGAUGUCAAAAUGUUUGAAUGUGUACUGUACAUGUAAUUGUAACUGAUCAUUGGUUAAAAUUAUGAGAUGAAUGGAAUUGUUCGUAUGACUAGACAAACUUAUUAUCUAUUCAUCUCCUUUAAUGUGCAAAACAAAUUAAAAAUACUAUUUUUAUACAACAUAUUUAUUAAUCAAGGAAAUAUAACUAAAGUUUUUAAAAUUGCGACCCGACUUCAAUAUACACGCUUCAGUAUACAAUCUUGUGAACAUACCGCGGUUGCGAUGAGUUAUAUAUACAGUAUACUUAAUAAUAUAAGGAUAAAAUGUUCUCGAGUGAGAUAUAUCAUAAUUUCCAGACGGCGCGCAAGCAGAAAACUUUGCCUGCCGCGGCUGGGUUUCGAACCCGCGACCUUCGAAUUACUAUAUAGUUAAUAUAUAUACUCGUCAGCAAAAGUGUUGUUUCUUAUUUAAUUCGCCCUUAUAACAAACUUAUUCACAUUUUUUUAUUAUUGUCACUUAUUCACAAACUUAUUCACGUCACAAAGGGCUAGAGGUCUUUUAGAAAUCCAUAGAGGCUUUUAUUUCAUGAGUCGAGAUUCAAGUCUCCUAUUGAUAGCUUGAAGUAAAGUUCAUACAUAUAUAUAGUUACGAUAGAAAAGUACUUUUUAAGACAAGUGUUUUGGAAUUUUCAUUACAAAUAGUUAUAGAUACAACUGCUCGCUGACGUAUAAAACAACAUUUUCUUAUAUUCGUUUCCAGCAACUUUGCUCCAUAGAUGGCAUUCACAAGAGAAUGUGGAUUAAGGUAUGUCUAACAAUACAUCAUCACUUCAUCCAUUCCACCAUGUGUACAUACAUACACAACAAGGUCUGGAAGACUAGCACGCAAAUGAAAUUUGCGGUCUAAAUGUAAAGUUACCUAAUAACUGCCAUUGCUACACGUCGCCGACGCAAUUUUUUCCGUAGACAGUCGGACUCCUCAUUGAUAGUCGGACGCAUCAUUGAUCCGCGUCGAUCCACUAGGCCUCCGCGCGUUAUUGAUGGAUCCCUUCGUAACCCACUGGUGCACCAUAUAUCCAUCACUCCACGUUGUUCUUCUUCGACCACGUGUAAAAAGGUGAACCAUUUGCUUCGCGAUGCCAUAGCAAAUCUACAAACUUGUUUUUCUUGUUCCGAAAAUACUUAAGAACUGUUAUUGCGAGUCAGUAAAAUUAUAUAUCCCAAUUGAAGAAAAUUAGGAUAAGAUAACUAAUGUGCAAGAAAAUACUGGAAGAUUCAAAGCGACCAUCAAGACUACUUUCUACAAAUAGAAAUAUUGCAGAAUACCCGUCUGACCACUAGUAAUAUCAUAUCAUGUAGAUAGAGCUAGCCAACUGUAGCAUGAGAAUUUGAUCUAAUGCUAAUCUAACUGUGUGCCUCGUUCUCGAAAUAACUACUUGACUGCGUAUCCGCGUAUCCACUAGCAUUAACACUAUGACAAUUUAAUCUAUUAAUGCUAAGUUACCGUAUGCCUCAUUGCUACCUUUACCACCAUGGGAUUUUAAUAUAUCAAUCUAUUUAUUAUUAAUCUAUUGAGAAUUUCAAUAUAGAUGUUUUAAUACAUCGUAUCCAUGAUGUUUGAAAGGCAUAGCUUAAAAGUGAACGGGUAUUCUGCAAUCGCUCCGAAAAGAUUUACAAAAAAACAGUUACAAAAGCAAAGAAAAGCAAGUGGGAAUGGCGAAUUUAACUCAAUAAAAUAUGUCAGAUGUCAUCACCACACAAGAUAUAAUUGAAGCCACAAUGUGUCCUGCUCAGAUUUUGGCAUCUCAACCAAGCAAUACGGCCCAAUACAAUAUUUUGAAAUAACCAAUUGCGUGCGCAAGACACACUGGAAAGCGCAUCUAAUAAGAAGAGUAUCCGCUGAAUGUUUUGUUUAAGGGCGCGGAUCAAUGAUGCGUCCGACUAGCAAUGAGGAGUCCGACUGUCCACGGAAAAAAAAUUGCGUCGCCGACAUCACGUUGGUGGCCUUUGCUGGCGCAAUCGUCAGAGCAAGCGCGUUUUACCUCUAGGAUCGUGGGUUCGAUUUUCGCUGUGGAUUCAUGACACUUGUACAGGGUGUAUCAAAAAAAGCGCAAUCCUCGACUGAAAUGUAAAUUGCUAAACAAAUAAUAGACGAAAACGUUAAAGUUUACAUUCAUUUUAAAGCGUAGCCAUUCAGCUUUCUAACAGUGGGUUGUUUCUUAAAUUUGACUCAUCGGUUCGCGGGUAAUAAUACUUUAAUACGUUAUUGCGAUUGGAGAUUAAAAAAAUUGAGAUGGAAUAACAAAUCGUUCUCAUGAAAAUAACUGAUUUUUUCAUUAAAACAAAAAAUGUUGCAUUUUAUUAAAUGGAUUGUAACAAUAGGUAUAAUUACGGCUUUUCUUCCACUAUUUUUAACUCAGUUUGAAACUUCAAAUGCGAUAUAAUUUUGGCUUGAACCAUCUAGGCUGACUGACAUCAACUUGCUAUAAUUUCUGUUUACAUUACAUCGCAAUUCGAUGACACUCUGGCUCAGACACCAGAAUGUUUUGAGGAUUUUUAGCAUUCGUUUAGGAUUUUCAAACAACAUAUGGUCUCUUUUAAAAUACUUUUAAUUUGUUCUUACGUGGUUUUCCAGAUGUAGUGACGACAACAUUAAAGUUUAAAGAAGAAAAUUCUAACAUUUAAACCGACUAAACAAUAACAUAGUAAACUUGCAUAAUUAAACAGCAACUAAAAAUGAGAGGUUUUACUAAAUCUUGUCCUGUGCAAUUAUUACUAGCAUUGGAGACAAGGAUAAUAGUUUGUUUGAAAGAGAAAAGAACAAGCUUUGAAGUAAGCCUAAAAGCGUUUAACUAGAAAUAGUAUUUCGAAAGUUAUUAAGCACAAAAGAUGAAUUGCGUUUAUUUUGAUACGCCCUGUGUAUGUGUGUUAUUCAGCGCUCUUCCGAAAGUCGUGGGUUUUCUUGGGGGUACUCCUGUUUCCUCUGGGUUGGGUUUUCCCCUAACUAGCUCUUCCACCGUAGCUGUGCUCCAUGAUCAGAUAUGAGUCAUAAGCGGACUGCCAGAGGCAGAGGCGCCCUUCGUAAGCUGCGACUUCCGCGCUAUUCAGCUUGCAUGAGCUGUGUCCUUUGCAAUUCGGCUUAUAGCUCUCACCUACAAAUAAGGAUUCGCAAACACUCCGCCACAUUGUUAAUUCUAAACAACUCAACUUCUACGAAAGGCAGAACUAAGUUUUUAUUAAAUUAAUACAUUGAAAGCUAGUAAAGUAUCUAAAAAAUGCCUUUUCAAUUUAUCAUAUUUAAUAUAUAUACUUGUUGAUUAUCUUUGUCUUUAUAGCUUUUGUCGAAAUUGUUUGAUUCGAUGAACAGUUCGUUUCCAUGGGGAGACAAUGAUCUUCAUUUGUUUUUGAAUGUCAUCAAUGGCGCACUAUUGUUACAAUGUGAAGAUUCAUCCAUGCUGAGAUUUUGUCUGUCCACACUUAUCAAUGCUGCAAUUAAAUUCACCGACAUUUUCGCUAUUGACGGGUACGGAUUCAACAUGAAGUGGUGUAUUUUAAGUUUUAACUUGGGAAACUCAUUAGUAAUUAAUGAAGAAAACACAAAAGAAAUCAUCAACUGAUACAGAAUCAUGCUGAUUAAGUGAUUUACAUAAACUUUAAGUUCAAUACAACACGGCCCUCAUGUUGUAAAGUCCCGAUCGAAAUAUAUAACUGCAUGCAUAUUGGAAUAGAAUUUGAAGGUUUUGCCGUUUUAAGGGCCAUUUAAUGAAGGCGUGCAUUCUUUGGUUAUCACCAAUACCACCUGAGGUAUAGCUAUUUUUUUCUUUUUAGUUAUCACCACAUUUUGCCAACAUUGGCGCUACUUUAUUCUCAUCACGAAAAUAACGAAAUUGUAUGCAACGCUGUAGAGGUUGGUUGCUCUUUAGUAAAGAUUGUUUGAUUGUGGGAUUACAGUGUAUAGUUCGAAUUAAUUAAACUAAGAAGUUUAGUGGUUUAUUGUACAUGUGCUUUAGGUUACAGAACACCUUUGAGUGUUAAUUUUGUCUACAUUUUUUUUAUUGGUUUCCAUGGAAGCAUUAAACUGGUCCUAUACUAUCUGACCAAGUUUGAACGAAAAAUGUUGAAAACUCGCAGAGUUAUUUAAUAAAAUACAUUUCGCUGUAAUAAGAAAAACAUUGAAAAUAUAAUAUUCAAAUUCAAUUUUCUCCCGAAGAAUUUUACGGCAAUUACUGAUUUUCAAACGAGUUGUUCUCCUGCGGGUUUUAACGAAUUUUUCUCAAAUUUUCACAGGACAUAGCUACAGACGUCAGUUUCAAAAUAGUGUUCGGCUUUUUUCUAAUUUUGGAUAUUUUAAUAAUAACGAGCAAUUCACUCAAACGAUUCAGAAAUAUAUUGCAGUCGUCAAAGAAAUUGCCAUAUCAGCGGAUCGAAUGACGAAAUAAACAAAAAUUUCCGAACACAAUUUUUUAGAACAACUAUUUUACUGUAUAAAAAUUAUAUUUUCAUAAAUAUAUCUUAAAACCAGCAGGAACAUAACUCAAAAGCGUAAAGGUACCGCGAUUUAAGAUUUUCCUGAAUAAUUCUUAUAUUAGUUCGUUGUUUGUCAGUUUUACAACCUUACCAUAUUUUGCAUGCACUGGAGAACAUUUGGUGAAAAUUUGAUGAAAAUCGGACUGAUAUUGAGCGCGCAGUAGCGAUUUUCCGCAAAACGCCCAAAAGGGUGUCCUGUAACCUUUAGUGUGGUUUAUCCCUAUCGUGUGGGCAGAAACUACAGUUGGUAAAUUCAGUAUUCCAUGUAAAUCAAAACCCUGAGUGCUAUACUUUGUUUUUGUUAUUAAAAACAAUGUAUAUAUAUGGCGUGCUGACACAUUGCAUCAUUGGCUAUAGACUAUGGGCAAUGAUAGUUGACGAAGGUAGGCUUAUUCCCUGACAACGCUUGAUUCCCUGACAGUCUGCAUUUUCAGCAUUUGAAUAAGAGACAUGAGAUGCACUCUAUUUCUUCCUUUAUGAGUAUACUAUUUAUCUCCAUAUGUUUUUCCUUAUCAUUAGUUGGUGAUCAGUCAAUUCUAUAUUCUCCAUCAAAAACCAUUUCUCCUUCAAGUAAGUUUUCCAAUUUUGUGGUGAAGUAUUUUACUUGUACUACUUAAUAAUGAUACAAGAAAAACUGUAAGACAAACAGAAACGUUAUCCCUUAUUAUAUUUAUGGGAGCACAGAAUGUAAAAUUGUCCAAUCAGGAGAGCUAUUGCCUCUCCCUCGAUAUUUUCCAAACGUCUUAAAUAUUCAGUAAUACUAUCUAAAUUAUUUUAACUCAUGGUUGCUCACGCGGAAGAGUUUUUCUUGGAACUGCGUCCCAUAUUUAUGAUACUUUAUUAAUAAUACAAGAAAAACUGUAAUGAAGAAAAACUGUAUUUACCUCUUUUUAACAGAAAAUGUCGUCAGAGGAUUAUUCCGAAAUCGUCAAUUUUCUUUCAACCUUUGAUUUAAUAUGUUCUUUUAUGUAUAUGUUUCAGUUAUUUGCAAGUAUUGAACCGAUCCUACUCACGGAAAACGUUAACAAGAUGCCUGAACACUCUGAUGAAACAGAUGAGAGUAACAUGGUUUGUUUAUUUUACCAUCAUGAUAAUAUUUUCGUACAGUUACAAGUAGGCCAUAGCGAUUUGGUUUGUUUACUGUACAUCUUUGAGUUAGGAUUAAAAGUGUUACAUUUUUUGGAACCGCAAGCAUAAACAAAUUCAGUGCGUUAUCGGCAGCUCAUUACUGUACCAUUACUUUACUAAAACAGUUUCAUACUCAAUUCUUUUCGAUUCAAUAAUAUCAAGAUUUUCUGUAUAGAAAGAGGGGUGGGGGAGUUUGGAGAGGGAACUAUUUCCGAUUCUAAAUACUAUUUACGAUUGCACUUCAAUCCUGGCGAAAAUGGUAAUGUUAAUUAAAAUGUAAUGGCUUGAUUGAUUUUUAUCCGAUUGCACUUCUGGCCCAUGUAGACACCCCUUUAUACCUAGUUCGAUGAAGGAGGUGUGUGGGCUGGAAUACAGGCUAAAGGAAUGCAUGCUGUUGCAAUACUAGGUUUAUACUAACGUAUACCGUUUUAUAUAAUCGUUCAUAUUGCUUUUCAGAUUCUCCCGAAAUGUUUGUUUGCCAUACUGUCGUCGUUAGAAAAGGAUGUCCCCGAUUCGUUGGAUAUUCUAGCAUUAGUUGAAGUCAACAAACCGUUGAAACCCUUGGUAAGCAUGGAGUUGAAAUUUGUAACAUUUUUGUCAGUAUAAUUGGACAGCUGAAAGCUGUUUCUAUAUGUCGUGACACUAGCUGAAAGACGAAUCUUAUGCAGCAGUGGAGAGCACUAGGGGGGGGGGGAUUUAGGGGCGAUCGCUCCCAUCAUAAUAUUUUCUAAAACGUACUACAAUCUAAAAUGAUGCAUGGUGAAAAAUAUAUAUGUGGACAAUUUGCUGAAAACUAAAACAUGAAGUCAAUGUUCAUAUGCACAUCAUGGCAUGUUUGGAACCCCGUGCAAAUUUUAUUUCGAUAAUGUAUUUCUCAACAUUGAAAUGGAGGGAGGGGGGGGUACUAAAUGCUGUUUUUUUGCAAGAAUGUGAUAGGGCAUUUAGUAAACAAUGAAGACAAAAUAGAUACACUAAUAGAGAUAAGGACGAUAGAGAUAGGAAACUUUUUUAUGGUAAAACCCGAUUCCUGCUGAUCGCCGAUUUCUACUGUUUUGCUAGGAUUCAUGUUAUGAAGGAAAACUUGAAGAAAAUGAAUGCAAGAUUGACAUCGCUAUUCGUCUUUGUGUGACCGUCGUUGCUUUUUCACCUGAGUCCAUUCGGGCUACACAAAUGUUGGUAAGCACCCAAACAGAUUAUACUUGCACUUUUAUGAGCUACACCCAUGGGCGUACGGGAAGGAAAAAUUUAGGGGGGGGGGGCGGAAAGAAAUUUGCCCAACUUUUUCGGAUUGGGCCCGAGUUGUCAAAAAAAUUUUCCGGAGAAACUUUCCGAAAUUGUUGUCGACGGGGGGCGGGGUAGGAGUGAUUACGAAAAAUUCCUAUUAGAUAGCAUAUUUCCCACAAAUUGACAGAAUUUCCCACAAAAUUAACAGAAUUUGUCCCAUUUAUUUUUAUAAUAAACCAAUACUGCCCGACUGUGAAGCGAAUAUUGCCCGACUGGCUUUGUUUGCCCAUGGCUACACCACUAACAGCCUUGCCCUGUUGUUUUGCUUUGUUCAAUAGUGGUUGAACUAAUGUGUGGUUGAACUGAAUUCCAACUCGUGCAGUAGUUUUAUUGCAUAUAUUAAGUCCUGAUAAUGUCUGAAUGGAAAUUAGGAAAACGUUCUUGCAACAAAUUUAAAGCUUUUGUCAGUGAUAGGGCACAAGACAUAUUGGAAAGCUGAUGUUUGUGUCAUGUUACUCUGAGUGUAUAUCCACACCGGGCAGGCUUGAAAAAUAUGCCUGGCCACGGUGGGAAUCGAACCUACGACCUUUGGAAUACUAGCAAACUAUUGCAGACAUCAACCAUGUGAUUUCGUGGAUAUAACAGAGAUUAUAUUUUGAUAAAGAGCAGAGUUUCGGGUUUCAGCCCUCGUUAAAUAACGCCACAAGUUAGUGUUUAACGGACGGCUCUAAUUUCAAAUGCAUAAGACAAAAGGCAGUGCUCCCCCAAACUUACAUUGCUUUCUAUACAUGCGUUGUAAAAUAACAUCCUCGAGCUAUAAUAUCCCUAACAUGCACAUACAAGAUAGGUUGGGACAAGCCUGAAACUGGACUUCCACCGUGAUCAGAUAUGAGUUAUAAGGUGGCUGCCUUCGAUUCAAUCAGGUUGAGCUCCAUCCUCUGCAAUUCAGCUUAGCUCUCAGUUGCAAGUAAGAAUGACUAGCACGCACACCACUUACUAAUAAAAGAAUUACAGUAUAAGAAUUAUAAAUAACGAAGUCUGUAAAGGAAGUUAGUGUUGAUUUGUUGUCCCCAAAUGGAACGGUAAAGAAUUUCGUGCCGUGUCUGCACCAAUAAGAAAAUACCCGCUAAGGUUUUUGUCGAAUAGAAAAUAAGAUCACCCAUGCAGAUGGUGCAAUUAAUUUGAAAUACUCUUUUAAUGUUUUCCCAGGUUGUUCUUUCUUCCAUAUUACCAUUUUAUUUGGAUUAUGUAAAGAAUAAUGAUGGACUUGGUGAAAAGAAAGAUGAACUGGCGACAUUACAAUCACUGCAUUGCUCUGUCCAAGUUUUGUUGAAAAGUUGUAACUCCUUACGAAGGUAAUACGAUGUAUUUUAUUUUAUUUGUGUCAUACACUUUUUUGUUUGACUUCAUUUAAUCAAAUUUUAAUGUUCCCAAUGUUUUUUGUUAUGUUGUGUGGUAUAAUGUGACAAUGUGACAUAAUGCAUGUAAUCGCAAUGUGGUGCACAAUGAUGUAAAAUAAUGUAAUGUAAUGUAAUGUAAUGUAAUGUAAUGUAAUGCAGUGCAGUAGAAUGGGAUGGAAUGGAAUGGAGUGGAAUGGAAUGGAAUGACACUGUAUAUUUGCACUUAUAUUAGCGAUAUGUGGAGAUUCAGUUAUAAUUUUAGAAAACUAUAAUCAGUGAUUAAGAAAAGAUCAUGAAAUAGGAUCAACCGCAUCGAAAUUCACACAUACAGUAUCUCAAACAGUGAAUUGGACUCUAAUUCAUAUAUGCGUAUCUGCAGACCGUUCUUAAAGAUGAAGGGUCUUAGCUCAGCAGCUAAACGAAGAGCACGCGAAGGUUCUACUGGCUCAGGUACAUCGUUUACUACAAGCCAUGAAAAUCUAAGGCAAUCCAAAGCAUAUCCUGAUGAUGACGACAGAGAUGUUGACUCACUAGGUAAUAUACUGUACAUGUUUUUAUUAGCUUUUUAAUCGAAGACAAUCGAUUUUAAUCGAAAAAUUUUGUUACUAAUUUUGACAAACAAUAAUGAAACUUUGAGGCCGGAUUUCUCGGAAACCACUGAUUAUAAGAAAACCUCUACCAUGAUUUGAAAACGUCCUCUGCAUUUUUCAUGGCAGAAUGCCCCGCCCCCUAAAAGCCCCGUUUUGUUGUUACACAACCUCCUCGCACCCAGGCGCCUUUGUAUUAUCUCUCGUCACCAAACAGCCGCGGGACCACGCAAUAGCCACACAAGGCAUUGCAGCAGCAUAACGUGAAAGGGUUUAUUCGUCCUGGGACAAUGCAUGAAUGUCGCUAUAUCAUUUUUUAUUCAGUGGUGGGAUAGUAAGUAUUCCAAUUGUCAGUCUUGCAUUUUGUUGUUUUGUAGACCAACAAUUUAAACCAUUCUUGAGCAAGUUCAGCACACAAGAUGAAGGAGAACAGGUCUUAGAUUCACUUUAUGAAUUCCGGACUCCCCGCAACGCUAUUCUCGUCAUUGCGGCGGAAUUUAUCAGUACUAGCAAGAGACGUCUUCGCGAAAUAAACGGAAAGAAUCCUGCGCAAAUUCCGAACCUAGCACUUGAUCAUGAAAGUAUCCAGGUAGCUAACUUAAAAUCAAUAUUUAUUCGCAUUAAACAUAUGAGUAGUUACGUAGUUUCAUCUAUCCCACUGUCCUUUGAUUUUGAUUUGACAAAUCAUUUUCUUAAUUUCAAUUUGAAGUUUUCUUGUUUAACCUUGACAUCGCUGUUGUCAUAGUUCAAAGAAGCGGCUAACACUUCAUACACUAAUGCAUAAUUUUGAUUCAGGUCAGAAUCUCCACUACCGACAAGAACAUUUUUUUAUCACUGCUCAUUUAUUGUAAGAGUUUAAAAAUGAUGCAAGCUUGGUACGAAAAUGUAGGAGUAUAAACUGUAUAUACUAAUUAAGGGGCAGGAUAUCUGCACAAAAUGUUGGCAAUAUUGAUACCAUAAUAUAUACUAUAAUGUAAUUCAUGGUACGUUCAUGAACUAUUGCAGUUUCUCUCUUUCUCUAGCUUGGUAAAUAGCAAUAAACCAUUUAUUUGAUCGUCGAUUUUUUUGUUAAAUUGUUCAUUAACCAACUGCAUGCAAUUUCACUUGGAAUAUAGCAUUGUACGCCUAUUCGAAUUUGAAAAAUGACCAUUAUACGUGUAUCCAACAUGAAAAGUAAUUAGAUUUCAGUUGCUUGUGAUUAUCAGUGCUUAUUCCAAUUGUUUAUUUUGUCUUUAGGCACUGUGUAACAUUGCACAUACGUUGCUGAAACUUUCACUGACAGACACUGUAUCGUUGGAAUUAACAGGACUACAAAAGUAAGUAUUCUAAGCCGUUAUUUCUGACUUGAAUGACAUGACAUGUUAUGUGCAUAAAAAAAGCAAUCCAACUUUGACAUGUUAUCGUGCAUAUAUAUAUAUAUAUAUUACGUGUAUUCAUUUACUUUUUUCCUACCAAUAAAGAUCAGGCUUUUACUGUCGAAUGCUAGUACCUUCCUUGGUAUCAUUGCGAUCAAAAAUAGCCAAAUACAAUCCGACUUAAAAAUGCCCAUCGAAAUCGCAUUUUUCCACCGUUGGAAGUUGCAUGUAAAGCUAUAUAUUUGUCUGAAUAUUGAAAUUAUUCUCAGUAAUUUGAGAUUCAAAUUUAAGUCGCUUGAAUGAAAAUGUGUAAACAUGAAGUUUUGGUAAAUUUCCACUCGCAAUUUUGCAUCGAAAUUGAAUGGUUAAAGCAUUUUAUAAAAAACACGUUCUAAAGCUAAGUGAAAUAUUCUAUUUAGUCCAUUUUCAAACAAAUAUUCAAUAAAACUGCAUUUUCCGCACGAAAUUUCACUAAAAUUAAAAUAUAGUUGGGUUUUAGCAAGCAAUUAAUCUGCAAAGGAAAUAUCUUAAAAAGUCUGUUAAUUUAAGCAACAAAUGGCGAUAACAUGAAGAGUGAAACCCUGGACAGAUAAUAUGAAAUUUUGAGAAAAUUGAAUGAACUUGAUCUCAAGGAUAAUGCCAAUGCUGGAAUUAAAUAAUUAACGCAUAUUUAUCCAAACUGGCUAAGACAAGUUCAUCACGAUACUUACAAUGUGGCAACACAAGCAAAAUCGUUACUAAAAUCCAGAUAUAUUAUUCCUUUUUGCAAAUUAUGAAUGUUUCGAGUUUGACUCUGCAAUUGCGGCGCCAAUUUGUUAGAUAUUCUGCAGCCAACCUUUGAGUUUGGCUCUGCAAUUGCAGCGCCAACUUGUUAGAUAUUCUGCAGCCAACCUUUUAGUUUGGCUCUGCAAUUGCAGCGCCAACUUGUUAGAUAUUCUGCAGCCAACCUUUGAGUUUGGCUCUGCAAUUGCAGCGCCAACUUGUUAGAUAUUCUGCCGUCAACCUUUGAGUUUGGCUCUGCAAUUGCAGCGCCAACUUGUUAGAUAUUCUGCAGCCAACCUUUGAGUUUGGCUCUGCAAUUGCAGCGCCAACUUGUUAGAUAUUCUGCAGCCAACCUUUGAGUUUGGCACUGCAAUUAGAGCACCAACUUGUUACAAAUUCUGCAUGUAAGCUUUCAGUUUGGCACUGCAGUCGCAGUGUAUUUCACUUAGCUUUAGAACGUGUUAAAAUUGGAAGUUUUCAUACUGAAAAUCCUGAAGGUAUAUAUACACACCCUUUAGAUACCAGUAAACCCAAGGGUGCCAAGGUUUUCGGCGUUGUGAACCGCGUCGCUGCCUGGGAAUUAAUUAAUAUUCUACUUCUGUAUAUAAAGACCGCCGUUGAUUUUCAAUACAGUAAAUUUUUUAAUCGUUCUUAUUUUGUUCAGAUUCAUGCUGGAAGCCUUGCCAAACAUUGACUGGUCUGCUGAGGAAAUUCUUCCUGUAUUAAAUCUAAUAUUAAAGAGAAUCAACACAACCUUUACUAAAAUCACUGAUAAACCUGAUCUCAUGGUGAGUAACCAUUCUCACGAAGUGAAAACGCUUUGUAGGUUAUACUGUACCUAUAUGUAAAAUGUAACUUCCCAAGAUAUUCCCAUGUUGUAAAUGCAACGGUUAUACUAAAUAAUUACAUCAUUAUUGGACUUUUUCGACGAAUUGAGUCAAAUUUAGAAUAAAUCCACAAUUGCACCCAUUUUGUUUCUGUACUGAUAAAUCUUAGUUGGAUGUCCCCUUUUUUUAAUAAAAAAGACUAGAAUUCUGUGGCUUGCCGUUGCUAAUACACACAUUGUCUCAUUUUACACACUAUAUGUAGUUUAGACACUAUAAUAUUUUUACCUAGAACUUCUUUUGGCCAUAUCCUUUAUUAUUACACCGUAGUGAAAACUGGAAUGUCACGGAAGUUUUACUCAAAGGU